AUGAUUGUCCAGAAGGCCCGAGAGUACCGCACCAAGCGCGUCAGGGAAGCUCGCGAUGAAGCCAAGCAAGAGAUAGCCGACUACAAGGCCCAGAAGGAGGAGGAAUACAAGAAGUUCGAGGCCGAGCACAGCAAGGGCAACGAGCAGGCCGAGGCCGAAGCCAACAAGGACGCCGAGACUCAAAUCAAGAGCAUCCAGGAGGCUGGUAAGAAGGGCCAAGCUGGAGUCGUCAAGAACCUCCUCAGCGCUGUUUUCGACGUCAACCCCGUUCCUCCCACCAACACCAAGUCUUGA